AUGCUCCUGUCGCGCACCGCUGCCCGCACUCUCCGCGCUCGCUCAACACCCGCUCACCUCGCACCCGCACUCGCACGCACGCCCUUCCAGCCACACACACCGCUCAGACAACUCUCUCACACACCCACACGCAUGUUCGCGCUCACGCCCUACCGCGCAUCCCAGCCCCGCACCUUCUCGGCGCAGAAACAGCUCCCCCGGCUACCGAUCCAGCAGCUCGGCGCGAGCCUCGACAAGUACAUCAAGUCACUCAGGCCGUUCUUCCUCGAGCAGGCGGCGAAAGAGGGGAGGGACGACACGUGGGUCGAGGAGCAGCUCGAACUGCGGAGAGAAUGGGCGCGCGACUUUGAGAAGGAGGGCGGACUCGGACGGGUCCUCCAGGAGCGUCUCAAGGACGUCGACCGGAUCACGCCCAGCAACUGGCUCGACGACCACUUCUGGAUCAAGGUCGCCUACCACUCGUGGCGUGUUCCCCUCCCCGUCAACAGCAACUGGUGGCUCAUGUGCCGCGACGACGAGGGCAUCCCUGCGGACGUGCGCGCUGGCGUGCCGCCCAAGGGCGAGUUUACCGAGUGGCAGAUCAAGCGCGCGGCCAAGUUGACGCAGCGCCUGAUCGACUUCAAGGUUCGCGUCGACCGAGAAGAGAUCCUGCCGGACUCGUCGCGCGCAGGUCCGUUUGACAUGCACCAAUAUACCCGGGUCUUUGGCGUUACCCGUCUCCCGCAAAUCCCCACCGACACACUUGUCCACUCUCCUCACCCGCACCCAAGCACAAACAUCAUCGUCAUGGCCCUCGACCACUUCUACACCCUCCCCGUCGUCGACGCCGUCUCGGGCGACGUCUUGCCGAUCGAGAACAUCGAGGCGGGCUUGUGGGCGAUCGCAGACGACGCGCACGCUCGAGGCGAAGCGAAAGACUCGAUUGGUGCGCUCUCGGCCGACGACAGGGACAGCUGGACCCGCGCGCGCGAACACCUCCUCGCCCUCUCGCCCGUGAACCGCGCUUCGGCCACCGCAAUCGAAGACUCGCUCUUCGUCCUCUCGCUCGACGCGUACACGCUCCAAUCGGCCGAAUACGUCUCGUCAUCCCCUUCGCGGGACACGCCCGACCUCGACGCGCAUAUCCGCAAUGCGUCGACUGCCGGAGGGAAGGGGAAGAACCGCUGGUGGGACAAGGCGGUGGGAGUGCAUGUCGAGUCGAAUGGACGGGCGAGUAUGGUCGGCGAACACUCGCCUUGUGACGCGCUCAUUCCGAGUAUCGUCUGCGACUAUGCGUUGGCGGAGAACCUUGAUCCGGCUAGCGUCAGCAGGAGGGGCGCGAGUAAGGUUCCCGAGGGGGCGAGGCUCGAGUGGGUUGUGGAUGACAAGACGAGGGAGGCGAUUCAAAAGGCGGUUGCGACGGUCGAGGAGAUUGCGGCGGAUAGUGAUGGCAAGAUGCUGUGGUACGACGAGUACGGCGCGGGGUGGAUCAAGAAAGUCGGCAAGCAAUCCCCCGACGCCUACCUUCAGAUGGCUCUCCAACUCGCCUACCACAAGACGCACAACGAGCCGACCGCGACGUACGAGACGGCCUCGACUCGCCUCUUCCUCCACGGACGGACGGACGUCAUUCGGACGUUCAGCGAGGACAGUUGGAGGUGGGUGCAGGCGAUGAGGGAUCCGGGUGUUGAUGCCAAGACGCGCUACGAGCUCCUCUCGGCCGCAACGAAGGCGCACAACCUCUACACGAAAGAAGCCUCGACAGGUCGCGGCAUCGACCGCCACUUCCUCGGCCUACGCCUCCUCCUCCGCGAAGGCGAGAGCCACCCGCUCUUCGACGACCCGCUCUUCACCAAGAGUCAGGAGUGGGUCCUCUCGACGAGUGGGUUGAGCGCCGGAGACAGGUUCUUUGGGACUGGAUUUGGCGCGGUUUAUCCGAAUGGGUACGGCAUCAACUACCUCGCCGGCGACCAAGUCAUCAAGUUCGGCAUCGAAUCGAAGGUCUCGUGUCCCGAGACUUCGACCGCCGUCUUCCGCCAGAACCUCGUCGAGGCGAUGCGCGAGAUGCGCAAGGCGUGCGAGGACGGACUGGCGGCGGCGACGGUCGAGGAGGCCAAGGCGAAGCUGUAG